UUGACAGUGACAAAAUGACUACGUGUAAGAUAGGAAAAGCUAGGAUGUAGAAGUGUAUUUUCAAUGAAACAUGUUUAUAAUAAUAUAGGUAGCGAAUAUCAAAACAGUGGAUACUUCUGGGAUAUUUAACAUUAACUAUUGAACCCUAUUAUUGUGUUUUCACUCAACACUUGAGAAUGCGAUGCUUCCCCGUCGUCGUAACGUUGGUUUAACAGAAAAGUUGCCACAUUAUAAUGGAGUGAUACCUGCUAACUUUCCCAAAACUCAAGAAUAUAGAAAUAAUUCAAAUACACAUAGUGAAGCUGAAACAGCUUUUGAUAUAUUAGACGACUUUAUAUUUGAACCUGUAAUGGCUGCAAAAGACCGAACGCAAGAAUUUGCAUCAGCUGUUCGCAGCCUUCAAGGUCGAACAUUAGUUAGAACAGUAAUUAAGGAUCCGAGAAAAGCAGCAGUUCUUGCUACAUAUUCUCAAUUUAUGAGUAUGGCUAAAGUUAUUAGCAAAAACAUUACCAGUACCUAUGCUAAACUUGAAAAACUGGCAUUGUUGGCCAAGAAGAGGUCUUUAUUUGAUGAUCGACCAUUGGAAAUACAAGAGCUGACAUAUAUUAUAAAAGGUGACCUUAAUUCGCUCAACCAACAAAUUGCACGGCUAGGAGAAAUGCCAAGAGGUCGUAAAAGUAUGCAUAGCCAUUCCUCCAGUGUUGUUCUGGCCUUACAAUCUCGGCUUGCAUCUAUGAGCAAUCAGUUCAAACAGGUACUAGAAGUGAGGUCUGAAAAUCUAAAGCAUCAAAAUAGUAGAAGGGAACAAUUCUCUAGUGUGGCUCCUAUUGCUAAAGAAGUUCCAUCUUUGUUGCAACCGCAACCAGAUGAAGUAAGCAUAGAUCUAGGAGAUGCAUUGUCCCUACAAACACAGAAAAUGGCUUUAAGAGAUGAUACCGAUUCUUAUGUUAAACAAAGGGCUGAGACAAUGCACAAUAUUGAAAGUACUAUAGUUGAGUUAGGUGGCAUAUUCCAGCAACUUGCACACAUGGUAAAAGAACAAGACGAGACUAUUGGAAGAAUUGAUGCAAAUAUACAAGAAGCCGAGAUGAAUGUUGAAGCUGGACACAGAGAAAUAAUGAAAUAUUUUCAGAAUAUCACUGGAAAUAGAGCUCUUAUGUUUAAAGUGUUUGGUGUACUUGUAUUCUUCUUUAUAUUUUUUGUUGUGUUUAUGGCAUAAAUAUUUAAGAAAAAAGGGUUAUUUAAAUGAAUAUUGUAUACUAGUUAUAAAAGGCAAUACAGUAAACACUCCCAAUUUAGAUUCAUUAAUAGAUUAGGAAAUAAUAUCUACACUCGACUGUGAUAACCCAUUAUUUUAUGCAUUGAAAUAUCUCUAUAUCUAAAUAUUAUGCGAUUCAUAUUUAUUUUUGUAAUUAAUAAUUUCAAAUACAGCCGUUAUAUUUAACAAUAUAAUGAAAAAAUACAAAUUAUCUUUUAUUAAUAAUAUUUAAUUACCACCAAUAAUAUUACAUAUAAUAUUCUUGUCAAAUAAAUACCAACAGGUAGACAUAUUGUAGAAAGUGUUUUACUACAAUAUAUCUAAGUGCAGAAAAUAUAAAAUUAUCAAAGUGCUUAUAUCUAUUACUUUGUAUUUUUAUUUUAAGCGUGUACAUGCACACAGUUAUUAUUUCACAACUUAUUGUAUUCUAAGACAUAAUAAGUGACUAAAGGUUGACAUUUCAAUUAAAAUAAGUCAUUUCUACCAGGAGAUUAAUUAAACAGAUAUAAUAAACUUUAA